UGGUCGGUUCCGUGUUUACACGCCUACUCGCCCUGUGGCGGCAGCGAGGAGCCGCGGGCGGGAGGAGAGCGGGGGCGUCCUGCUCGGCCCGGCCCCGCCCCACGCGGCCCUUCCCCGCGGGCGCCGGGCCCGGGCUCUCCGCUCGCCUGCCCGCGCCGCACGUAUCUGCCGCUCGCAGCCGGCACAGGGCGCGGACGCUCUCUGCCCCCUUCCUUCCUCCGCGCUCGGGCGGCGGGCGCGGCCGAGGAGCUCCUCUUCCCGCGGCCGGGGCGCGGGGGAGCCGGCGAGUCGCCUCCUGCUGCCCCGCCGCCCUGCGCGCACAGCAGGACUUAAGGGUCCCUGCAGCCGCCGCUGCUGCUGGGCACAAGGGAUCGCUCCGACCUGGCGCCUCCUCCCGCCUUCCCCCGCCGCCCCCUCGGUCCCUGCCUCCCCCCGCCGCCGCGGGAUGUUCUCCAGAAAGAGCCACGCGGAUGUCAAGAAGUCCACGCAGAAAGCGCUGGACCCCAAGAAGGACGUGCUGACCCGCCUCAAGCACCUCAGGGCGCUCCUGGAUAUUGUGGAUGGAAGUGACUUGAAGCAAUUUUUUGAGAACAAUUAUUCUCAAAUUUAUUUCGUCUUCUAUGAAAACUUCAUAACACUGGAAAAUAGCUUGAAACAAAAAGGGAAUAAAUCACAAAGGGAGGAGCUGGACUCCAUUCUCUUUCUUUUUGAAAAAAUAUUGCAGCUACUACCGGAGAGGAUUUUUUAUCGAUGGCAUUUUCGCAGUAUAGGGUCCGUUUUGAAGAAACUUUUGCACACUGGAAACUCUAUCAAGAUAAGAUGUGAAGGAAUCAGACUGUUUCUUCUUUGGCUUCAAGCACUUCAGACUAACUGUGCAGAAGAGCAGAUAUUAAUAUUUGCAUGCCUUGUGCCUGGUUUUCCGCCAAUUAUGUCGUCAAGGGGUCCCUGUACACUAGAUAACAUCAUUAGUCCUCCUUCUAAUUCACUAGAAGCUAAGAUUUAUCCUGAAGAGAUAACCCCACUCUUGCCAGCUGUCUCUGGAGAAAAAAUUGCUGAAGACCAGACCUGCUAUUUUCUUCAGUUACUGUUAAAAUACAUGGUAAUUCAGGCGGCAAGCUUGGAGUGGAAGAAUAAGGAGAAUCAAGACACUGGUUUUAAGUUUCUCUUUACCUUAUUUAGAAAGUACUAUCUUCCUCACUUGUUUCCAUCUUUUACAAAGCUAACCAACCUGUACAAACCUGUUCUUGAUAUUCCUGAUGUAAGACCAAGACCAGUAUACAUUACUGCAACACGAAACAAUGAAAAUGUCUAUAGCACAAAAAUUCCGUACAUGGCAGCUCGAGUUGUUUUUAUUAAGUGGCUUGUUACCUUCUUUCUUGAAAAGAAAUAUUUAACUGCUGUUCAGCAUACAAAAAAUGGAGGAGAAAUGCUCCCUAAAAUUAUUCAGACUGUUGGUGUUGUAAACCAAGAGAAAAACCCAGAGCUGGAAACGGGUAUGCUUUAUGCAAGCGAGCAAGAGAGAAACCAUUCCAAUAGCAGCACCUUGUCUGACCGAAGACUCAGCAACUCCAGCCUUUGCAGCAUCGAAGAGCAGCACCGAACAGUGUAUGAGAUGGUACAGAGAAUCCUCUUAUCCACUCGAGGUUAUGUUAACUUUGUUAAUGAAGUCUUUCGCCAGGCUUUUUUGUUGCCUUCUUCUGAUACAUCUGCAACACGAAAAGUGGUUAAGGUAUAUCGAAAAUGGAUAUUGCAAGAGAAACCUGUGUUCAUGGAGGAGCCAGACAAAAAGGAAAAUGAGCAGGAUGAUGUUACCAAUUUGGAGGAUUCAACAGUGCAGACGGAUAGUAAACAUCUUGCCUCUGACCAUUCAGGCCAUAAACGGUCAUCCAGCUGGGGAAGAACGUACUCCUUCACUAGUGCUGUUAACAGAGGAUGUAUAUUAGAGGAUGAAGACAAAAAUGUUAAAGCUGGUGCUCAAGCUGCAUUACAGGUAUUCUUGACAAACUCUGCAAACGUUUUCUUACUGGAACCAUGCGUUGAAGUCCCUGCACUUCUGAAGGAGCAAGUUGAUGCUUGCAAAGCAGUUUUAAGUAUUUUUAGGCGCAUGAUUAUGGAACUAUCAAUGAAUAAAAAGACAUGGGAACAGAUGUUGCAGAUACUCCUCAGAAUAACAGAAGCUGUGAUGCAGAAGCCAAAGGAGAACCAAAUAAAGGAUACAUUUGCUCAAAGCAUGUCAGGAUUACUCUUCCGAACUCUUAUUGUAGCUUGGAUCAGAGCAAAUCUGAGCGUUUACAUUUCCCGGGAGCUCUGGGAUGAAUUGCUUAGUGUUCUGUCUUCCCUCACUGACUGGGAGGAGUUAAUAAACGAAUGGGCCAAUAUCAUGGAUUCUCUAACAGCAGUGUUAGCGAGAACGGUGUACGGAGUUGAAAUGACAAACUUACCCCUGGAUAAGCUGAGUGAACAAAAAGAAAAAAAGCAGAGAGGGAAAGGUGGAAUUUUAGAGCCUCAAAAGACAGCUGUAGUGGGAAGAUCUUUUUCAUUAAGCUGGAAAAGUCACCCUGAAGUUGGGGAGCCAAUGAGAUUCAGAAGUGCUACCACCUCUGGAGCACCAGGAGUUGAGAAAGCAAGAAAUAUGGUUCGUCAAAGAGCAACAGCUAAGCGAAGCCAGUCUAUCAGCAACUGUGUUCAUCUUUAUGAGGCUUUGCCAGCUACUAAAAGUGUACCUCUUCUGCUUCACACUGUGAGCUCUCUCUUACCUGGUAUCUCUUAUACUUCUUGCUCUCACAGACUGUCAGAAGUUGAAGAAUCUCAGCAGUUGGAAACAUCAGCAGGAGCAGAAGCUACUGGCCUAUUUGCAGAACAAGAGCAACAACUAACUCGAAGUAGUAGUACUUCAGAUAUUACAGAUCAGUUUACAUCUGAUUUUUUUCAUGGUAAAAAGGCUGGAAGUUCUCAGAAUUUAACUUCUUCAGACUCCAAACCAAUACAGGAGAAUAAAGAAUGUGCAAAAAAGGAACAUGAAGCUGAGCACGUCCUAGUACGAAGGAGCAGCAGUCCAGCUGAAUUAGAUUUGAAAGCAGACUUGCAGCAGUCACAUAGAAAUCUCCGAGAGAGAGAGAAGAGUGAAAGUGUUAGUAGUGACACAUCCAUUGGCUAUAAUAAUGAAGUAGAGAUUGCACUUAUCCCCUGGCAAACUUCUGAAGAUGACCAUGAAGUUAAUACAUCAGCAGAUGUUUGUGUUGAUCCUGAAGCACCUCACUGGCUUCAACUUAGUCCUUCAGAUGCUACGAAUUUAACAGAUAGCAGUGAAUUCCUUGCUGAUGACUGUAGUAUAAUUGCUGGUGGAAGCCUUAUAGGUUGGCAUCCUGAUUCUGCUGCUGUAUUGUGGAGAAGGAUCUUGGGAAUUCUUGGCGAUGUGAACAAUAUACAGUCACCUAAAAUCCAUGCAAAAGUUUUUGGAUAUCUUUAUGAGCUGUGGUAUAAACUUGCAAAGAUAAGAGACAACCUUGCUAUAAGUUUGGACAAUCAGUCUACUCCAUCUCCUCCUGUUUUAAUUCCUCCACUCAGAAUAUUUGCGUCAUGGUUAUUCAAAGCAACCACCCUGCCAAAUGAAUAUAAGGAAGGCAAACUUCAAGCAUACAGGCUGAUCUGUGCUAUGAUGACUAGACGUCAAGAUGUUCUGCCAAAUUCGGAUUUCUUGGUUCAUUUUUAUUUUGUGAUGCACCUUGGCUUAACAAGUGAAGACCAGGAUGUCUUAAAUACUGUCAUAAAGCAUUGCCCACCGUGGUUCUUCUUCUUGGGUUUACCUGGCUUUACCAUGCUGAUAGGAGACUUCAUUACAGCUGCGGCCAGAAUCCUUAGCACGGAUGUGCUGGAGGCACCCCGAACAGAAGCUCAUACCAUCCUUGGUUCUCUUGUUUGUUUUCCAAAUAUCUACCAAGAAAUCCCACUACUGCAGCUCAUUUCAGAAGCUGGUGAGAUCAUCGCAGGAACUGCAGAUGUAAAAUGUUACCUCAUAAAUAUUUUAUUGAAGAAUGCUACAGAGGAGCCAAGUGAAGCUGCAAGGUGCAUAGCCAUUUGUGGCCUUGGAGUUUGGAUAUGUGAAGAACUAACACAGUGUACAAACCACCCUCAAGUGAAGGAAGCAAUAAAUGUCAUAGGUGUGACGCUAAAGUUUUCUAAUAAACUGGUAGCUCAGGUAGCCUGUGAUGUUCUUCAGCUGCUAGUUUCCUAUUGGGAAAAGCUUCAGAAGUAUGAAUCCUCUCUACCCAGGAAGAUUACUGAAAUCCUUGUGGCCACUAUUGCAUUUCUUUUACCAAGUGCUGAAUAUUCCUCUGUGGAAGCAGAUAAAAAGUUUAUAGUUUCAUUGUUACUUUGCUUGUUGGAUUGGUGUAUGGCAUUACCAAUGAAAAUGUUACUAGAGCCAGUGUCUGCUGGUGUUCUUGAAGACCAACAUACCUCCAAAGCACCGUUACUGGAUUAUAUUUAUAGAGUUUUGCACUGUUGUGUUAAUGGUUCCACUACUUACACUCAGCAAAGCCAUUAUGUACUGAGUCUCGCAGAUCUCUCGUCUAGUGAUUAUGAUCCGUUUUUGCCACUGGGGAACGUCAGGAAUUCUGAGCCCGCCCAGUGCCAUUCUUCUGUGGAUUUGGGCAACCUACUCACUGUUGCAGAGGAAAAAAGAAGAAGAAGCUUAGAACUAAUACCUUUAACCGCACGGAUGGUUAUGACACAUCUUGUAAACCACUUAAGCCACUAUCCCCUCAGUGGAGGUCCUGCAAUUCUUCAUAGUCUUCUUAGUGAGAAUCAUGACAACUCUUAUGUGGAAUCUUCCGAGCUGUCUCCAGAAGUCUUCAGAAGUCCAAACCUGCAAUUAUUUGUGUUUAAUGACAGUACUCUUCUAUCUUACCUUCAAAUUCCUGCUGAAAAAAAAGCAGAUACUGAGCCAUUAGUAGCCCCCUCAGAUGUAAGAGUAAUUGUCAGAGAUAUCUCAGGGAAAUACUCAUGGGAUGGCAGAAUAUUAUAUGGACCUUUGGAGGGCCGUCUUCCACGGCAAAGUGGAACAAAAUCAUUUGUGAUUGCAGGCAAUCCUGAGCACCAAUUUAAUUCCCCGAAAGACAUUUCUCAAGUGGAGGAAGGAGAAGAUGCUCUUGACAGAUUGCUGGAAAAAAUUGGUAACUCUAGUCCUGAGUGCCUUUUACAUCCGCAGCGAAAGUUAAAUGAGCCAUCGCCUCCUCCAUUUGGUAUGAGCUGUGAUCAAGAAAAUGAAAUCACUGAAGCCCUAAUAAGGCAGAGUACCCAGGAAAAAGAGUAUAUAUUUAAAUGUAGUUCUGACUUUGGUAUGAAGGUAGCCCAUCAAGAAGAACCACACCAUACUGAACCCCAAGCAUCAUUUUAUUUUUGUAGGCUGUUGCUAAAUGAUUUGGGAAUGAAUUCCUGGGAUAGAAGAAAAAGUUUUCAUCUUCUUAAGAAAAAUUCAAAAUUAUUGAGAGAACUGAAAAAUCUGGAUUCCCGUCAGUGCCGCGAAACUCAUAAGAUUGCAGUGUUUUACAUUGCCGAAGGACAGGAAGACAAGUGUUCCAUACUGUCCAACGCCAGGGGAAGCGAGGCCUAUGAAGAUUUUGUUGCUGGACUGGGCUGGGAGGUUGAUCUUUCAUCACAUGGUGGCUUUAUGGGCGGCCUGCAACGUAAUGGCAGCACGGGACAGACAGCACCGUAUUACGCUACCUCUACUGUGGAAAUCAUUUUUCAUGUGUCUACAAGAAUGCCAUCAGAUUCAGAUGAUUCACUGACCAAAAAGCUUCGUCACUUGGGAAAUGAUGAGGUUCACAUCGUCUGGUCGGAGCACACCAGGAACUACCGCAGGGGCAUUAUACCAACAGAUUUUGGAGAUGUUUUAAUUGUUAUUUAUCCAAUGAAGAAUCACAUGUUUUUCAUAGAGAUAAUGAAGAAACCAGAGGUGCCAUUUUUUGGUCCUCUCUUUGAUGGAGCAAUAGUGACUGCAAAGCUGCUGCCAAGCCUUGUGUGUGCCACGUGCAUCAAUGCCAGCAGAGCUGUGAAGUCCCUCAUCCCUCUCUACCAGAGCUUUUACGAGGAAAGAGCUCUGUAUCUCGAGGCAAUAAUCCAGAACCAUAAAGAAGUGAUGACUUUUGAAGAUUUUGCAGCUCAGGUCUUUUCUCCCUCUCCUAGCUACUCCCUCGGUGGAACCGAGUAAGACUUGUCCCAACCAGAUCCUGAUUUUUCGGACUUCCAGACCUCCGAGGUCAGAAUUUAAGCUCGUGCACUUAACAAAACUAGAGGCCGAUUGUGAUUUUUUUUGAGUCAAAAUCGUAUUGUAAGUGUUGUCCCCAAGUUCUCACUUCUUAAUUCCUUUUUGAGUAAUCGCAGGCAAAGACAAAAAGCUCAACUGUAGCCUUGAAUUUAGAGGCAUCCCAGUCACACGUCUGACUGCCCCUUUCCUGCCAGUUUUAUGCCUGUGUGGACUAACUAAAGCUGUAACCUGUGGAAGGCUGAACGAAGUGGGGACUUUUGUGAAAGCAAUUUAUGAUCACUGGAAUAUGUUGAAAGCUUAACGUAGCAAGCUAAGUAUUUCACUUCUGGACUUUAGAAGAUCACCGGCUGUGAGCAAGGCAAGAGUAACAUCUUCGGUGCUUUGAAAUACAGUUUUCUGGAUGUGGCAAGACAAGUCUUGGCAAAGCUGUGAACUCGUGUCUCAGGAAAGUCCCUCUGUUUAAAAGACAGUUUCCCCGCAUUUAUCUACAAAUCUACUUGAACGUUUGGCUGAAUACAACUACCAGCUCUAUCAGCAGACGCCUUUGGGAUGUACUUUUUCACCAGACGCUCGCUUAACGGCGUACUUAAAAGCAGCAAGGAGGCUGAAUGCAAGUCCCGCCGUUUUACAGUAGCCAAGUAGUUCAGCCAAGCAUUCAGCCAACUCCUGAACCUGCCAGCAGAGCUCCUGGUGGGGCUUUGGCGCGCCGAAGCCCUGCAGGAAAGUCGGCGGAGAGGUGCCGUGGGGCUCUGCCUCCAAGGUCGCGGCGUUUGGAGCGCCAUGGAGUAUUUCCACCUCUAUGGCUUAUUUUUAGGUUGCCGCAGAAGUGGAGCGUGGCAAGGUGGGAGCUCAUCCCGCUUGCCCGGUCCUGCCCCAGCGAGCAUCAGCGAGAGGUACCCUGCUAACGCCCAGGAAACGCUUCAAGCUUCAUAGUUCAUCUUCCCUUAGGAACUAAAUAUACAGCGUUGACUCUUGUAUCUAGUUGAAGAUAUGGCAUGUUUUGAUCUUUCCUUAAGCUGUAAUAUUUUUUCUUUAAAAUAAAGAACCGGCACAUAUGAAAUUCGCUUGAAUAAAUUUGCAUGGAUCUGUGUGUUUCCGCUAGUGAUGAGAAAGGCAUCGAAAACUGUUUUGAAAUCAUUUGUUCCAUGAUAAACUUGAGCGCAACCAGCUGUGGUUUCAGUUUAUGAAUUGUAACAGCACUAUAUUUUUCAGUAAAUGGCCCGUUUCCCCACAGCUCUCAAGCGGCUGCAGUUCUCCCAUGUUCAGAUUCACCGCACUGGGGGUGCAGAAGUGGCCGGCUGCCGCUUGGGGAACGGCCCUUACGCUUGUCUGCGGGUAAAAGGGGAAUUUCCAUUCCGAAACGUGGGGAAAUACAUGGAGCUGACAACGAUCGGUGAUUUUCCCUUCCCAAGUAACAAGCCAACUGGAAGUACAAAGCCCAUGUAGCUUAACCUCACGGGGCAAACUUAAGAUUAAUUCUUCCAGGAUCUUAAUACUACCUGACUAUAACCCUGGCAUCGCUGCAUAUACGUGCGCGAAUAGAAGGGGUCAAAGAAUUAGUAGUUUUUUUAUUAAAAUUAAGUUUGUUUUUAGUAGUUCUUGCAGUAUGAGAAGCUGGUCAAGACCAUUAUAUGAACUGAAUAUAUAGCUGCCGAUGACAUGCAUUCUUGGUGUGUUAUUAACAAUGAUCUAUUUAUUUAAAUUAAAUGUGCUUUUAUUUUUUUAGCUGCUGCCUCUAGGGAUGGUUCCCCUAGGUUCAAAUGUGAGAAGGGUUUUUUAAAGUGCGCGCUGGCUCAGUCUCCCGUAUCACAACUAGUCUUGCAGGUGCUCAAUUUUAUGCAUGAGAACAGUCCAAUUGACCUCUAUUGCUGUUUUCACAAGCAGAGCCUUAAAUUCCCUUUAUUCAUCAUCGAUAUCCCUGUAUAUCUUAAGCAUUGCAAAUGCAGGCUAGCAGGCAGAAUGAACAUCCCCGCACUGAUUUAGGGGAUGUGCAGAUUAGGAACAAAAGCUGAGAAUACGUCCUUUGUUGUUAACUGGUACAUUACAUGCUGUAUUUUAAUUAGGCUGGGAAUGAGAGUCAACCCAGGAAAUCCUCAGUAAUCCAGCACUAUUGAAUUAUUCUUAUCCUUUCCCUCUGCAGAUUUCCCUCAUUUUAAGGAUGGGGUUUUUAGCUGCUCUGUUCUCCUGCUCUUGCUCCCUCAGCCAAAAAUAUCAGAGCAGUUGUUCAACAAAAUACUUAAACUGUGCACAAACUUCAGAAGAUAAUGAGGUGUUAUAUUCCUUUUAAAAAUCGUCCCUGUUAAACAUGUACAAACAAACACCAAAACAAUCCAACUUUAAUUGCCUCUGUUGACUACAGAGUAUUGUGUUUGUGGUUUAAGAUCAGAAGCCAGGAUGGGCUUAGCUCACAGAAGACAGAAAUACGAGGAUGUUCUAGAAGGGAAAAAAUCACUAUUCUGCCAGCGGGAAGCUUUAUAUGUGACCAUUUAGUACUUGCAUGGGUAGCUUUCUACUUCGGAGAGGACCCGCAAACCUGGUUUUCAGUGUUGCAGGUCUGCAGUCAGUGCUUCAAAGGGUUAAUUGCAAUGGGCACACUUGACUGCUGAGAGGACUGAUCUAAUCACUGCCAUAUCCAAGUGCAUCUGUUCACCAUGAGGUCAUUCUUGUGCAUGCUAAUGAUUUGGAAAAUAAAGCAUAA